ACUAUGCUACAAUAUUGACUUCAGAUUACUUGCAUCAUACUGUUUACUGUUUAAUCUGCUUUCUCCUCUGGUUUUCAAGUCUUUGGUUAGCACAGUUUUCCAUAUACCUUUAGUGGUUUAUCCUUAAAAAUGGUUGUAUCUAGGAGUGACAAAUUGUCGACUGAUGCCUUUUUUGUGUUCUCUUUAUUAGGUGUUUCCCAAGAUUUACUAGAGAGUGCAGUAAAAUCACCUAACCCUUAUUAGGUUCAAUGUUUUGGAAUAUAGGAGAUUUUACAAGACCAUAGGAUGAUGUGUAUUAUUAAAAGGUAAAAAUGACCAAAUCUUAAAUGAUUGUUGGAAUAAAUUAAGAUCAUUCCUAAUUUGUCUAUAAUGCUCUAUAUUUUUUUAUUUAUUGUGAAGCAAAGUAUGUUGCAUUUUCAUGUUUUAGAAUAUAGGAGAUUUUAAAUGACCAUAGGCAUGAUAUAAGAUUAUGUUUUAGAUGAUCAGAAUUAGUCCAAGAUUGAACUUGAGUUCUAAUUGAUAUAGCCAAAGGUAGUAAUUUUCUUAGUUGAGUUUGCUCUAUUGUGAAGUCCAUAUCAGAUCCAUCAACCCAUCAUCUUUGCUCUCCAUAUUGGUUCCAUGAGAUCCUUCUGAAUCCCCAAGCUUUUCCAGCUUUGAUUUAUUCCUAUUUUCUGGCUUCAAAAGUACUUAAAUUUGAUGCAACACCUUCUCCUUCCAUUGGAGAAAAAAAAAAUCUCAUUCUUCAGAUUUUUGUAUUUAUUAGAACUAAUAAAUAAAUACAUGGAUGCAAUUGGGUAAAGAGGAUUUAAAUGAUAAACAUUUUAUUUGAUUUAUUUUAUUAUAUUUUUCUCUUGCAUAUAAAUUUUCGUAUGACUUUUGUCAAUUCUGCUGCUUGAUCGGUGGGUCCCGUUCGACGAAGGCAUGUAUUAAGGCGGCCCCACCCGCGGCGUCUUAAACGCGUCGAGACCCGAGUCAUGACGCGGCCCUCGUCCUCCGCACGCGGGCCCCGGGCGAGCCGGACUCAAAGGGGUGCUUUCGUCAUUCCAAUAACUCUGUUUCCACUGUUGGGGAAGCAGGCAGAGUCCUCCCGUAUUAUACGCAAGUCGGACGAGCGCAUGACUCCUUCCCUCCCUCUCUAUCGAGGGCUAAAAGGAGGGCUGAUCGAUGCGGCGGAAGGUGGCACCGGAUUCAUCGGCAAUGGCGGCGGUGGGAGGCGGCGAGGGGGCGACGGAGGUGGAGCAGGCGCAGCUGUCCACGGCGAUCCGUAACGGAGAGGACCUAGGACCCUUCGUGCGCCGGGCCUUCGCGUCCGGGCGGCCCGAGGCGCUUCUGUCCUCCCUCCAUCACUUCGCACGGUCCAAGGAGGUGGAAAUCGAGGACGUGUGCAAGGCCCACUACCAGGACUUUAUGGGUGCCGUCGACGACCUCCGCUCCCUCCUCUCCGACGUCGACUCCCUCAAGUCUGCCCUCGCCGACUCCAACGCCGCCGUCCAGUCUACCGUCGGCCCCCUACUUGCAGCACUUGACGCCUACCUCGAGGCCCGCUCCGUCGCCGACAACCUCACCGCCGCCAUCCGCGCUGCUCGCCUCUGCUCCCGCCUCUUCGCCCUCCUCGCCCGCGCCAACGAGCAUCUCGCCGCUGAUCGCCUCUACCUCGCGCUCCGCGCCAUCGCAGCCGCGGAGCGUGACCUGCUCCCCGCCGCUCCCCACCCCACCAUCCGCCGCAUGCUCGUCAGCCUCAUUCCCGCUGUCCAUGCCCACGUCGAGCGGAAGAUCUUCGAGGAGUUCUCCGACUGGAUGGUCCAGAUCCGCGUCGCCAGCCGCCACCUCGGCCAGAUCGCCAUCGACCGCGCCUCUGCUGCCCGCCAGCGCCAGGCCGAAGAGCAAGGUAUUCGCUCCGGCUCCACCAUCACUACCUCUAUCUUCCGCGACCAUCCAUACUCCCUCCGCCUCGAGGAGGAGGAGGAUGACGACUGGUCUGGCGACGACUCCGACGACCUCGCCGCGGCCUUCUCUGAUGGCGAAGCUUCGAUCCUCGAUCUCAUCCCUCUUUACCGUGCCCACCACAUCCACACGACCCUCGGCCUCGAGGAGCGCUUCCGGCGGUACUACUUCGAGAACCGCAAACUGCAACUCACCUCUGACUUCCAGGUCUCCUCCUUGACUCCCUUCCUCGAGUCGCACCAGAUCUUCUUCGCACAGAUCGUCGGAUUCUUCAUCGUCGAGGACCGCAUCCUCUGCACUGGCGGCGGCCUCAUCGCACCGCCCGAUGUUGACGCCCUCUGGGAAAUCGCCAUUACCAAGAUGGUGUCAGUGCUCGAGGACCAGUUCUCCCGGAUGCAAACGGCUAACCACUUCCUCCUCAUCAAGGACUACGUCAGCCUCCUCGGCGUCACACUCCACCGUUACUGUUACUCGGUCGACCCCCUACUUGACGUCCUCUCCAAGCACCGCGACAAAUACCAUGACCUUCUCCUCUCCGACUGCCGCCGCCAGGUGUCUGAGACCCUUGCCGCCGACAAGUUUGAGCAGAUGCUUAUGAAAACGGAGUUCGAGUAUUCCAAGAACGUGCUCUCCUUUCAGAUACAGACAUCUGACAUCACCCCAGCCUUUCCCUACGUCGCCUCCUUCUCCUCCAGCGUCCCUGACCUCUGCGUCAUCUGCCGGUCCUUCAUCAAGGACUCGAUUAGCUUCAUGUCUCACGGUGGGCAGCUUGACAUCUACCCUAUCGUCAAGAAGUACCUUGAGAGACUCCUGGGUGAGGUCGUUGAUGGAUCCAUUCUACACCACAUCGAAUCCAGGAGUCUUGGUGUCUCCCAGGCAAUGCAGGUGGCUGCCAAUAUGGUCGUCUUGGAGCAGGCCUGCAACUUCUUGUUUCGCCAUGCAGCCCAGCUUUCAGGCAUUCCGCUGCGCAUAGCAGAGAAGGUAAGAAGGGAGUUUCCUUUGAAGAAGUCUCGUAUCGCAACAGAGGAGCUCCUUCUGGGGCUGCUAAGGAAGAAGAUCAAUGAUUUCAUGAUGCUGACAGACAGUAUUAGUUGGAUGGCGGACAGCCCACCCCCGAGUGGGAAUGAGUACUCCAAUGAGGUGAUAAUAUACCUCGAGACAUUGGUUUCUACAGCACUGCAGAUACUGCCCAUCCAAGUCCUUCGACGGAUACUUCAGGGUGUCUUGACCUAUAUAUCUAACACUAUCAUGGGUCUUUUCCUUAGUGACACUGUCAAGAGGUUUAAUUUGAAUGCAGUGAUGGGAAUUGAUGUUGAUCUUAAGAGGUUUGAGUCAUUUGCAGACGACCAAUCUCGCUUGUUUACUGAUUCUGAUGAUUUCGUUGCUAAUGAGUUAAAGCUUGCAUUGUUAGAGGCAAGACAGUUGGUUAAUCUGCUCAUGUGUAACAACCCUGAGAAUUUCCUUAACCCAGUGAUCACGGAAAGGAGCUACAACAAGCUCAACUACAAGAAGGUGAUCACAGUAACUGAGAAGUUCAGGGAAUCAUCAGAUCGGCUAUUUGGAACUUUUGGCACAAGGGGUGCAAGGCAGAAUCCAAAGCAGAAAUCAUUAGAUGCUUUAAUAAAAAGGCUCAAGGAUGCUAGCUGAACCAGUUUCCUGCGAGUGCUCGGCGAGGUGAGACCCAAGCACCUCAAACCUAUCUGAGCAAGGUGUCUUUACUUGGGCGCCACCCAAGUGAGAACCUCAAGCUGGAUGUUGGUUGACCCAGGCGCUUGUUCAGGCCAACCCAGGCAUAGUGAGUUCGGACCACGACAGACUGCGAAAAUCAGGAACCGAUCUGGCGGCCAGGCUGGUUGGGGUGUUAAAACUAUUUCAGAACCAAACAGGUGGAUACCUGCUUACAACGGUCGAGCUGGUCACUGGUGAAGUGGUUUUCAAGGGUUUGGGUUUUCAUUUUUUUGGCAAUUAGAAUGCAAAACGGUAUAAUUUGUGGUAAUUCAUAAUCUUGGCUGUAUGAGCAAUGCUUUUGAAAUUUGGUUCUGUUUGUGCUAAGAGAUGAAAUUGAUGACAUUGAGAGUAGAAACUUUGUUGAAUAUUGACUUUAUUGUGUUUGUUCGUGAUGCAUAUGUUGAAUAUCACAAGCCUUUUUUAUUAGUUUGUAUUUUGUGAUGUUUUCAUGUGUUCCGGACUUAAUUGUACUAGUCUACAAUGAAUGUUAUUUUUGAUGUGUUUUUUUAUAACAAAAAGUGUAUAUUCUUUUUGUUUUUAUAUCGUCG